GUUUCCAGCGGGAGGUGGGGAAGCGCAGUCAGCCCGACCCUCCCCUCCUCGGAGCUGUCAUCAGCCGCACGCAGAAAUCCUCCCCAAGUUACCCAGCCUGAAUCCUGCAGGAUUUGCCCGGGUGGCAGCAUGGCAGAGCAGCCCUGCCUGCGUCCCCCUGCCAGCCCUGCAGCCCCGAACCCCCAGGCCCACCCCAGGGACAAGUGGAGCAAAAAGAUGGAUUUCCUCCUCUCCGUCGUGGGAUUCGCCGUCGAUCUGGGCAACGUCUGGCGGUUCCCUUACAUCUGCUAUCAGAAUGGAGGGGGAGCCUUCCUCAUCCCCUACACGCUGAUGGCCGUUUUUGGGGGGGUGCCCCUCUUCUACAUGGAGCUGGCCCUGGGGCAGUUCCACAGGACAGGCGCCAUCCCCAUCUGGAAGCGCAUCUGCCCCAUCUUUAAAGGCAUCGGCUUUGCCAUCUGCAUCAUCGGCCUCUACGUCUCCUUCUACUACAACACCAUCAUUGCCUGGGCUCUCUACUACUUCUACUCGUCCUUCUCGGGCACCCUGCCCUGGGCCAGCUGUGACAACCCCUGGAACACCCCUGCCUGCACCAACUACUUUGGGAAGAGCAACGUGACCUGGACCAACUUCUCCAGGUCCCCCGCCGAGGAGUUUUACACGAGGAAGGUGCUGGAGAUCCAGAAAUCCGGGGGUCUGUAUGACAUCGGGGGGAUCCGCUGGCAGCUGCUCCUCUGCCUCUUCCUCAUCUUCACCAUAGUCUACUUCAGCCUCUGGAAAGGGGUGAAAACCUCUGGGAAGGUGGUGUGGGUGACAGCCACGCUGCCCUAUGUGGUCCUGCUCAUCCUGCUCAUCCGAGGGGCCACCCUACCCGGAGCCUGGAGAGGAGUGGUGUUCUACCUGCGCCCAGACUGGGGCAAGCUGCUGAGCACUGAGGUCUGGGUCGAUGCUGCUGCACAGAUUUUCUUCUCCUUGGGCCCUGGAUUUGGAGUCCUCCUUGCUCUGGCCAGUUACAACCAUUUCCACAACAACUGCUACCGGGAUGCCCUGGUCACCAGUGCUGUGAACUGCCUCACCAGCUUCCUCUCGGGCUUCGUCAUCUUCACCGUGCUGGGCUACAUGGCCGAGAUGCGGGACGUGGAGGUGGAGGAUGUGGCCAGAGACAAAGGGCCCAGCCUCCUCUUCAUCACCUACCCUGAAGCAAUUGCCAACAUGGUGGGAUCCACCUUCUUCGCCAUCAUCUUCUUCCUGAUGAUGAUCACCCUGGGGCUGGACAGCACGUUUGGAGGCUUGGAGGCCGUGAUCACGGCCGUGAUGGACGAGUACCCCCAGGUCCUGGCAGGGCGACGGGAGCUCUUCGUCCUCGGCCUCAUCACCGUCUGCUUCCUGGGCUCCCUCAGCACCCUCACCUACGGGGGAGCCUACGUGGUGAAGCUGCUGGAGGAGUUCGGUGCUGGCUGCUCCAUCCUGGCAGUGGUGCUGCUGGAAACCAUCGCUGUCUCCUGGUUUUACGGGAUCCAGAGGUUCUCCCACGAUGUCAAAGCCAUGCUGGGCUUCACCCCAGGGCUCUUCUGGAAGCUGUGCUGGGUCGCCAUCAGCCCAGCCUUGCUGGCGUUCAUCGUCAUCAGCUCCCUCCUGGAGCAGCCUCCCCUGACCCUCUUUGAGUACCAGUACCCCGAGUGGAGCAUCUCCGUGGGAUUCCUCAUCGGGGCAUCCUCCUUCAUCUGCAUCCCCCUGUACAUGGUGUACAAGCUCGUCUGGACCCCGGGGUCCCUCAAGCAGCGCCUCGCCGUCUGCAUUCGGCCCGAGAAGCUGCUGCGAGCCCCCCAGGCAGAGGGGCUGGGCAUGAACCCCGUCCUGUAGCGCGGGGGACACGGGGACAGCUCAGGCUCCCUCCUUGGCACCCAAAAGGGGCAGCUCCUCACCACGGACCGGACCCGGCAUCUCCACGAGCAUCCCCGGAGGGGCAGAGCCCGCUCUCGCUGCUGGCACGGAGGAAACCACGGCAGGGAGAACGGGAACAGCGCUGCAGCCCCUGGGGGACAAACACCCGGGGAUGGGGGAGAACCCCCCCAGUUCCCGGAGCAGAUGGAGGAAUUGCCUCGCUCCGAGGUUCCCCCGUGCGUGUCUGUAGCUGUGCAGUGAGUGUUUGGAAAAUAAAGGUGAUGAUGAUGCUCGGAGAUGAGGGGAGGGAGAGGAGCUGGAGCUCGCAGUGUUCAUGGAGCGCCGCGCGGGGCUCAGAGCCCGGGUUGGGGGACAGGAGGGCUAUCGUUGUCCAUGGGGUGCUGUCGCUGUCCAGACACACUUUGUCCUGCUAAAAACAUCCCAAAUCCGGCCGAGCCCGGGGGUGGGUCCCAGGUGCUGCUGAAGCCGGGCAGGUCGGUGCCUCCUGCCGCCCCAUUGGGGGGGAUGCAGGGAAUAGGAAUUUAAAGAGGGGAAAUACCCUAAUAUACCUCAUUUUAAACCCAAACCCUGGCUCGGGGUGAGGCAUCCCUGGGUCGGUGUCAACAGCCACCUGCCGUGGCUUCUUAUUCCCAUCACUCUCAGAGCAGCAUCACUGCUCCUCGUUGUUUGGGGAC